AUGAGCUUGCUACCAACAUCUCCUGGAAAGAGUUUAUUGAAAAAAUGGAAGAGCAACUGUUGGGAAUGGGAAGCCGGGACAGUUCGUGUAAUUCAACUUCCUACGGAAUUUCACGUGAUCGCAAUUAGUGCCAUUGCCCGGAAAAUUUGCGAACAACCGGAUGGUUUAUUUCGACCAGUGGAUCUGACGGAAGAGUAUGAAGAGUUAACUUCAUUUCCUGACGAUCAGCCCUGGGAAGUUGCGAAUACAGCGUCUGAAGCCUACAUCAGAAAUAAAGUAGAGGAUUAUUGGCUUCGCCCAGGUCGUGUACAUUAUGAAUUUGGAGCGGUUGAUUCUGGUGGAACUUACAGCGCGUUAUCAACAUUCAACUAG